AUGGAGAACAGCAAGCAGCCAAUGAAAGAGGUGCUCCCCCUGCCUCGCAACCCUUCACCACUUCCUGUGACCUCACCCUCUGUGACCCAUGCCGCCCCUUCAAAUAAAUACCACUCAGACACCAUGCAGAAUGUGCAGAUGGCCUCCUCAGUGGUGACAUCGUUCAGCUACCUGAAGCCUCCAGACAGGGAUAUCACCCUGAUGUCCCACAUGAAGUCCAUUAAGUCUCUGAAGAAUGCUGCCAUCUUCACUGGACAAACGAUGGUUGUGCAGAGUAAUAGUCAUGAACUGUUGGAGGAGGUACUGAACGCUGAUGUGAUCCUGGCUGACAUCGACUCCCUGGUGCCGACUCACGAUGAAGCCGGCCGGCCCAUCGCAGAGUGGAAACGACAGGUGAUGGUGCGGCAGCUGCAGGUCAGGCUGCAGGACGAGGAGGAGCAGAGGAGACAGGACAUGACUAAUGGCUACACACCAGUGGACGGCUGGAAGUACUCCCAAACCCACAACGCCGUCUUGGGGCCCUUUGGAGAGCUCCUAACCGAGGAUGAUCUGGUGUACCUGCAGCAACAAAUUGAGACUGUUUCACUGCAGAAACGCUGCCAGGCCUACGAGCUGGAGCUGACCAGGCUCACCGAGGAGCUGCGGUCCAUUUUACCUGAUUCCAUCUUGAACAUCUCCCUCAACAAAGAGGUCCUACAAAAGAUGGACACUGAGGGGAAAAUGCACCCUACUUUGCCAAUGUGGUGCAGUCGUGUCUCAGAGAUUGUUAAGAGUAUGUCGCUGCUGGUGGCCAACCUGACGCAAACCACAGAAGAAGGGGGUGAGAGGAGCGUAAUGAAUGGAAUAAUGGGAGAGAUGAAGGGAAUGGCGUCUACUUUCAGCCAUCGACUGGAAUCCAACAGCUACAGCCGAGCUCGGAGGGAGAGAGUGGUGAGGGAGAUCCAACAGUCCGGGGUGUCAGUCAGAAACCUAAGAUCCAACUUUGAGGGUCAGAUUGGCAGCAUUUAUCCCUUUGCUGGGGUUAUGAAAGGAGGACAGGUAAUGUUUGGAGCUCCAGAAGUAAACAACCUGAAUAGUCACUGCGAUCCUCCCAAAACAAUUAAACCUGUGAUGGAGACUACCAGCCUAAGGAAAGAGCGUAUCGUGGUGCUGUUCCUGAGCCACUGGAAGAAAUCUGCAUAUGCUAUUUCAGUGAGAGCAGCGAGGCAGAGACAGGGACAGGAAGCACUGCCAGAGAGAGUGACAGGCGCUUUGCCCCAACAGAAAAUCACCUCCAUGUUUCAAUUCUGCCAACAACGAUGUGCUGUAGACAAGGUGCUUCACUGCUGGAGAAGUAAACUAGGACUCAAAGAAAAAAAAAAGUCCUGUGUGUCCUCCUCAAACUGCUCUCGAGUAAUAUUCUCCCCAGAGCAAUUUCUGCCAGACGUGGACGGUGUUGCAGUGACCCACGACAGCUUGACCCUUGACCUCUUCAUGGUGGGAUACUUCCACAUUUUGGAGCAAGAGCUGCUGCCCGAGGAGAGGAAGAUGAGGCAUCUACUCUGCUUCGAAGUCUUUGACCAUGUCGGCAGUUUCUCCUGGGAGAUGGUGAAGGACUUCCACAAGGCCGUUCUCCAGGAAAUCCAGUCAGGGAGUCGACAGUGGAGCGACGGCUUCGAGGACAUCAAAGUUCGCUUCUUCGGGGACUCCAGACCGUGCCACUGCCCAUCAUCAUCCUUAUUGGCAGAUACCAGACUCCUACCCAAAGUUGUGGUUCAAACUGUGGCUGCAGAUGAGUGCGGCAGGGACUCUAACUUCUCUUGUUUCAACAACCAAGACAUUUGUAAAUAUAUUGACCGUAGCUUUGCUUUCUGGAAGGAGAAGGAGGCUGAGCUGUUUGAAUUUGCACAUUAGUAUUAAGGUUCCAUUUGAUAAUUUUGCACAAAAUAAUGACAUGUUGGUGUGUUUACAAA